GCUGUUCCUCUGCUGAAAGGAGAACUACGCUGAAAUAAAGACACCAAUAUUCACCGUGAUAUAAAUCUGAAACUCCACCUGAGGCAGGAAAACUUUGAGUAGGCCUUUUUCCAAUCAGCCGCCGACUUGAAUCACUGAACGCGAGUUUUUCAAAGAACCGCAAAUUGGACAGAAAAUAACAAUAGAGAAGUAAGUGUCUUACUUCCUGUUUUAACCUUCUGACUGGUGUGAUUACAGCAUCAGCCAGAGACAAAAUGGCCUCUGGAUUAGAGGAGGAACUCUCCUGCCCUGUUUGUCGAGACAUAUUCAGAGAUCCGGUUUUCCUGUCAUGCAGCCACAGCUUUUGUAAAAACUGUUUGAAAAGAUGGUGGAGGAAGAAACAAAUGCGUGAGUGUCCUGUUUGCAAAACUUCCUCUGGAAGUAAACGGCCACACUGUAACUUGGUGCUGAAGAACACAUGUGAGGCCUUCUUACGGGAAAAAGCUAGUAAAGCUGCGUCUGAGUCCGAGUAUCUGUGCAGCCUGCACUCUGAGAAGCUGAAACUGUUCUGUGUGGACCAUCAGCAGCCUGUGUGUCUCAUCUGCAGAGACUCCAAAUCCCAUAAGAACCACAGGUUCAGACCCAUCCGUGAGGCUGCACAGGAUUACAGAAAGGAGCUGCAGGAAUCUCUGUCUCUCUUACAGGAGAAUUUGAAGCUUUUUCACCAAGUUAAAGGAAACUAUGACCAAACAGCAGAACACAUUCAGGUCCAGGCCCAAAGCACAGAGACAGAGAUAAGGAAGCAGUUUCAGAAGCUGCACCUGUUUCUCCAAGAGGAAGAGGAUGCUAGGGUUAUUGCUCUGAGGAAGGAAGAAGAGCAGAAGAGUGAAAUUAUAAAGGAGAAGACUGACGCUCUAAGCAGAGAGAUAGCAGCACUUUCAGAUACAGCCCGAGUCACAGAGGAGAAGCUGAGAGCUGCAGAUGUCUCAUUCCUGCAGAGCUACAAGGCUGCAGUUGAAAGAGUCCAACAGUGCUCCCACCUGAAUGGUCCACAGCUGGACUCAGGAGCGCUGAUAGACGAGGCCAAACAUCUGGGCAACCUAACCUUCAGCAUAUGGAACAAGAUGAAGGAGGUGGUCUCUUAUACACCUGUGAUUCUGGAUCCAAACACAGCUGAAGCGGGACUCAUCUUGUCUGAGGAUCUGAUGAGUGUGAGAUGCGGAGAAAGACAGAAACUUCCAGAGAAUCCUGAGAGAUUUGACUGUCAUGGCAUGAUCCUGGCCUCUGAAGGCUUUAACUCAGGCACCCAUAGGUGGACUGUUGAAGUUGGAGACAGCACAGCCUGGUUCGUUGGUGUUGUGGCACAAACGUUCAGACGGAAGGGAUGCACUGACAUUAAGUCCGGACUGUGGGCCGUCGCUUUUUCUAAGGGCAAAUACGUCAUCAUCUCCCCACCGGAUCCUUCACCUUUUCAUCCGGAGAGGAAGCUGCAGGCGAUCAGUGUUCAUCUGGACUGUGAGAGAGGAGGCGUGUCUUUCUUUAAUGCUGAAACUAACACACACAUCCACAGCUUAACACACACUUGCACUGAGACGUUGUUUCCAGUCUUUUACACAGGAAGCAAAUUCCCGUUAAAGAUUUUACCCCAGGUGUUUGAUGAUAAUGGAGACAGCAGCAGUGAUGAUGGUGCUCAGGCUGUUAAUGCUGAGGGUGGAGGUGACAUUGCUGCUGAUGCUGCUGAUUUUGAAGAAAGCUAAAAAAAAAAAAAAAAGAAAAGACUUUGAAGUGGAAUGAUCAUGAUCAUCGCAAUGAUAAUUGCAAUUUCCCUCUGGGAUUAAUAAAGUAUUCUUCAUUUCAUUUCAUGAGAUUGCAGCAUUAUCACAUGAGAUUCAAGCUCUGCUUGAACACUGUUCAAAGGGGCAUGAUUUAUUAAUAACUAGAAUAUUAAGGCAGCAAAAUAGAACCUAAAAUUUCCCAAGUUUAACCCUCACUUCCAAGUUAUUACUCCUAAAGCCAAACUAUCUUCUAAACAGACACCACAGUGUCAGAAUGGGAGCACGAGGAAAUAUUUUUGUGGUAAAAUCAGAUUAAUUUUCAUUUUCUAGACACUUGUUUUGAUCAGAAAAAAAAACAAGAAAAUGAAGAUAAUCCUGUGUUGCUGUAUUCAAAGACAGAAUUUGUCUGGUGAACUGGGAACUAAAACAGUGUUGUUGGAUCAAACUAUGAUUCGGGAUUAAAACAUAAGAAUGAUUAAAAAUUCAUCUUAAACACCACAGACGUCACGAGCCUCUGCUGUAUUUUUAUGGCAGUUGCAGCUCUGGUCAGCAGGUGUCGCUGUUGUUAAACUUAAAUUUCAGUGUUGACCCAGUAAAUUUCUAUCAGAUAGAAGGAAAAUAAAGUUCAGGCUGACUCAAACAAAAUGAAAAAACCUGAAAAGGAUGCAGCUCAUCAAAUCUCUGAGCACUCUGAUGAAAUUUCAUGUUCAUUAAUAAAAAACAUCCGUCUAUGGCAACAUAUUUUCUCUGCAGCCCAACUGUUGUUUAUUUAAAGAAAGGUAGUAUGAUGUGAUAAAACAAGUAAAACACAACAUUCAAUCUGGGAUUUAAUCAUUUUUAAGUUGGAUAAAACUUUGAAAGAUCUGAAAUAAAAUCAGAAAGUCAUAAACAGUAAAAAUAAAUAAAUUAAAAAAUAAAAAUAAUAAUAAAAUAAGUUGUUUCUUUGUAUCCAAUCAGAGCACUGGUUGCAGUGAUGGCAUGGAUCUUUAUACAAUUUAUUCAACUGUUUAUUUUAACUGCACUACAUUCAAGAAGCAGAUUUUGUUCUGUUUUAUUUAAAUGCUUUUAUGACUUUUGCUUUUAUAUCAGACUUUUUUAUAUAUAUAAAAACAUUUUUCAGGCUUCAACCAGCAGCUUCUGACAGGUUUUCAUUGCUAACUGUAUUCUGGUGCUUCUGUGUGUACUGCUGGAUCCGUUGUCAUGUUUAAGUAGUUUAACUAAAAAAAAAUAAUAAUAACAUCUAUUCAUUAAAGUCAAUUUUAUUGAGUUUAACAUGAAUAAUAAUGAUGUAGCUGUUUUUUUUCCUUUCCUUUGUUGUAACACAUACCAUCCCUGGGGAUCUGGUAAGAUUAGUUUAAUAUUUAAUUGAAAAUAAGUGUUUUGAAAAUAAAUAAAUAAAUAAAUAAAAAAAAAGAAGUAUAUCAGAAAAUGUUAAUCAUUUCACAGCACCCCUGAUUUUUCUUGUAAAGUAAUGCUUAAUCAUUGAUAGUGACAGGAAAUAAAUAAUAAUGACUUUUUUAUAGUCAGAAGUUAAAAAAAAUGUGCAAAAUUUCCACAUAGAUUAAAAAUGUAUCCAAAACUUCAAUUGGUACUUUUACUUAAGUAGUAAUCUGAGUACAUUCUUAAACAAGGCUGUUUUUUUUUUUUACCAGUUUAAUG